AUGGCCAACGAGCAGAAUGCGGCACAGGUCCGGGAUCUGCAGGAGAUGGUCCGUAAGCUGACGCUGGAGAACCAGCAGCUCUUGCAGGAGCAGCAAGUGCAGGCCAAGCGCCACGAGGAAAUGGCACGGAAUGUUGCCGUGGCGAUGGCGGCUGCAGAGAAGGCCAUGGCCAUGCAUGCCCAGCAUACCUCCCAGCUGGAGACGCUACGCACCGCAAAGCUGGCAGAAGCCAUCAACUCUAAGGUGGAACUGCACAUUGCCGUGCCCAAGGUUACGCUAAGUGCGCUUGGCUUGUUUGCCAUGCUCGCUCAUGGAGAUCAGGCUAUCAGUGGUGGUGGCAUCUUCAUGAAGAUACAGGGGCAGAGUGGUAAGAUGACCUUCGCCACAUCCGAGCCUGUCGGAUCAGCAGAGGUUGUCGGCGGUGGUGGCAGCGCGAAGCACUCCUUCAACAGUUUCGCGACACAAUCAUUCACCUUCGGAUCUCCAAUGGCAAGUACCAUCGCAGGAGUAGAAAGGGACGUUGCUGCAGCCAACGGUCUUGUCCCAGACAGCCCAGAUGGAGGCUACACGGCAAGAGACUACAAUGUAACGAAGGUGUCCUUCACAAGCUAUCUGGGAAGUGGCAAUGCAGCUACAGACUCGAAGCUGGAGAUUGAGUCCAUCAUCUUUAGGGAGAAUGCCGUCUUGAAGUUUGAGAACCCUGAUGAUGGUUCGUUCAUAUAUCCUGGAGUUUCACAAGGGACUGUGAAGUUCAAUGUGAAGAUGAGCCAGUGGAACUGGUGCGAAGACAACUGCAAAUCUGCCAAUGGAGUAGGUGAUUCUGUGCGAUUGACAAUCGAGAUGAUCAACCAGGUCUCCGAGUCCUCUUCCAGUUCUACCAACACCACCACAAGCAUCACGGCAGACACCUCCAAUUCCUCGACUAACUCCACGAGGCGUCUCAGUGGCUGUACAAGUGGGUCCUGCGAGAAUGGAGCUGUAGAGGAUUUGGGUGGCGUGUUCUUGUCCGUGCUCAACACGUACAUGGUCCAGGACCAGAAUGGCACCGUGACACAGCUUACCCUACCAAAGAACCCCGUCCUUACCUUUGAUCCGCCUAUUGGGACUCCAGGUGCAACCCAGCGUACCACGACCCUCGUGCUGGAGUUCCCACGUGCCAAUUUCACCUCUAACGACGUGCUCAUUUAUGACCCGCUGGUGAGUUACUCAAACAUCCAGGAGGAAAGUAGUGAGGAAGCCGACACCACAACCAGCGAUAACGGUACAACAGGAGCUACUACCACAAACGAGCAAGUGAACCAUGCAGGUAAAACCUAUUACGUGCAGCUGGGUAGCUUGUGCGUUCUGAUGUCUCUGUGUUUCCGACCCCUAGUGAUGUGCGUAGUGACGUAG